AUGCCGAAACGAAGGCACGCUUCGGGUCAACCCGGGUCUUCCUCUUCUGCUGGUCCAACACCAAGCUCCAGCUCGAAGCCUGCAGCGAGCAAAUCUGGACGCGAGGUUGAACUUAGCCACGCGCAUGAACACGACGACCACGAUGGGCACGACCAUCAUCAUCACCAUGGAAUAUUCUCAGCCCAUCAUCACGAUCAUCACGAGGGAGCGGAGCAGAUCAUGCAAGCUUUGGAAUCUGGCAAGAUUGAUAGAGGGACGAAGAUAACGUUACUCGGACUCGGAACCAAUGUCGGUUUGACCAUUACCAAGGGUCUCGCAGGUCUAUGGAUGAAUUCUGCAGCACUUGUUGCAGAAGCCGGACAUAGCUUGUCAGAUCUGCUAGGCGACAUUGUCACCUUGACAACUUGGCGAAUAUCACGGAGGAAGCCGACAGACAAGUACCCCCUUGGUUUCAGCAAGUUUGAAACGCUAGGUACCUUGACUGUCAGCUUUAUCCUUGUCGGCAGCGCAGCGGGCAUUGGACUGCAUUCCUAUCAUCUUCUCACACAGACUCUCAUACCCUUUCUCGAAUCCUAUCCCUCCGACUCAAUCCUCUCGACACUAGGUCGUAUAUUACCGCACGGCGUCCCUUCCCCACUCUUAGAAAUGUUUCACUCUCAUGGUCCAUCAGCUGACGGUCAUGACCACUCACACGGACUUCUUGGUCACUCGCACGAUCACAGCCAUUCUCUGGGCGAUCAUGCUCAUUCCCACGAAGCCGUCUUGAAUCCGCAUGCUGCUUGGUUCGCCGUGGGCAGCAUAGCCGUCAAGGAAUGGCUUUACAGGCUCACCGCGAAAGUCGCCAGGGAAGAGCAUUCACCAGUUCUCAAGGCCAAUGCCUUGCAUCACCGCGUGGACGCCAUGACUUCGCUGAUAGCUUUGGUGUCCAUCCUUGGGUCAUCAUUAGGCGGUUAUAGCUUCCUCGAUCCCAUAGGCGGCAUCGCAGUCUCGCUCUUUAUUCUUCGACAAGGUUUCGGUCUGACGAAACAAGCCCUGUUCGAGUUAUUAGAUCGAGGAGUAGACGAAAAGACAAGAGUAGCAAUGAAGAAGAUUGUCAAUGAAUUCGUGGACGGUAAACGUGUCCUCGAGAUAAAGAAUGUUCGAGGCGUCAAAUCGGGUGGACAAACGCUGGUUGACUUGACCAUCACCGUCCCGCCAACUAUGACGGUUGUCGACUCGCACUUGAUCGAGCACCAGGUCAGAGAUGCUUUGCUCCGCGCGCGAAAGGAAGUCAAAGAAGUCCGGAUACACGUCCACGUAGACGAGGACCCAGCGGAUGGUAAGAAGGAGACAGAUAAGGGAACAGAGGCAGUCGGCGUAUCUGAUUUUGGACGAGACGCGCAUUGGUAGGCAUGCGUCGAGAUGACCUUGUCUUGAGUAGGGUACAGAUAGAUGCACAUGAUUGCAUGUAGAUGCUUAAGAGUCUACAGCAGUAAUUAAAGUGUCCUUCCUCGCAAGCUUUUUUUCAUCCUCCCUCCAGCUUUCAGCUUUUAGAGCUUGACCCAGGAGCCACUGCCGCCUGAAACUCGACGUUUCUUCUCGCCGCCAAUGGUCAACCUUACACUCUUGACUUCGAAGCCACGGAAGUUGAGGUUGAGGACAGACGUCGGUACAUCAGACUCGUCAUCAGUCUCGAGCGACAUGUUGAGGUCCGAGAUGUUGUCUUCGAGAAUGUUGACAAUCUCUGCCUUCU